AUGGUUGGAUCAUUAGUUUCUUAUUACUCAAAGGGACAUAAUCCUGUGCAAACUCCUAAUGUUGUUAUUAAGCUACAUAAUCUCAUGAAUUCCAGUAGUUUUACAACUUUGAUUAGUGGAACCUUACAGAGCUUGUCUAAGGAUGAUCCAAAUAAUUUUGAACCAGUCUCCAUUUUGAUGCUUCCUAGUAGGAAUUACCAGUACACCCUGGUUUCGAAUAAAUCCGAUAACAGCUGCUCUAGUUCAAAUAACUAUGGAACUGAUGAUCCCGAAAGUUCUAUGAAAAUAGAGAGAUUUUGUUUAGAACUCUCAAGAAGAGUACUAAAUCAUGAGUUUGAUAUCAAAUAUUCAAGCCAUUGUGAUUCUGCAAAGAACUGCAGUCCAAUUUCUGCGUCUAAUUUGCCUCGGGUUGUGUUGCUGAAGGCCAUCGAGUGUUCAGAGGAUACACGAAGGUUGAGAGUCCUGGUGCAAUUUGCAGACAGUAGAAGGCCCUGGAAUCAGAGACCAUUUGUUCCCAAUACAACUUUGGUUGGGGAAGGCUCAUGGGAUGCAAAGAAAAAUCAACUAUGUGUUGUUGCUUGUCAUUUCUUGGAUGCAGCAGAUUCUUGGAAUAAUACUCAUGUCGGUGAUUGUUCAACAAGAUUGAGCUUGAGAUUUCCUGCAAUAUGGACAAUUGGAAACACAAGUAGCAUUGUGGGGCAAAUUUGGAGCAACAAAACUGUGAGAGAGUCAGGUUACUUCAACAAGAUCACAUUUGAAAGUCCUCAGAAUGAAUUUAGAAGGUUUCUACUUCCAGGCCAGAAAUAUGAGUACACGAAAAUUGAUGAGGUAACGAAGUUGUGCCCGAGAAGGAAGCCUAGAGUUAGCGCUAAUGAUAAGACUAACAUAUACCCGAAUCCAUUUUCUUAUGACAUGAGCUUCGACAUGUCAGCCAAAAAUUCUAGAGGAGUAGUUUCUUGGGGCAGUUCUGUCCCUUUCUCUGUUGGCAAUCGGUUUUAUAACCAGCAUUGGCAUCCGAUGAAAGAUGCCGAUUCAAUUGCAAGUACUGAAGCUCCUGUCAGUGCACCUGUGAGCUACAGGUACAACAUUAGCUACAAAAUAAGCAUCAAACUGCUAUCUAAUGCAAAGUUGGGCAAUACAUCAGUUUUAAAUGAAGUACUGCUGAUUUCUGGUGAAGGGAUCUAUGAUGAAACAGAAGGAAGCCUGUGCAUGAUAGGCUGCAGAAAUCUGGGCUCAAAGAGUCUACAAGCACCAACUGAUUCUGUUGAUUGUGAAAUUAUUGUAAAUUUUCAGUUCCCUCCAUCAAAUUCUUCUGGUUUUAUCAAGGGAGGAAUUGAAAGCAAGCGAAAAAAGUCUGAUCCUCUUUAUUUUGAACAUUUGGAUCUCUCUUCAGCUGCUGCUUAUGCAGAUGAAGCAGAACGAUCCAUGUGGAGGAUGGAUGUAGAGAUCACCUUGGCUCUUGUAUCCACCACACUUGCAUGUAUUUUUGUUGCAUUACAACUCUUCCAUGUGAAAAAUCAUCCUGAUGUGCUUCCCUCCAUUUCCAUUUUCAUGCUACUAAUUCUAACUCUGGGCUACAUGAUUCCUCUUAUGCUAAAUUUUGAAGCCAUGUUCACAAAAAACACCAAUCACCGGAAAGCAUUCCUUGGAAGUAGUGGAUGGCUUGAAGUUAAUGAGGUGAUUGUAAGGGCAUUAACAAUGGUAGGUUUCUUGUUGAAACUCCGUCUUCUGAGCCUAACAUGGUCAGCAAGAUCCGUGAACAACGGAACCCAAAACGAGCUCUGGGUCAUGGAGAAGAAGGCUUUCAUUGUGGCUUUACCUGUAUAUGUUGCAGGGACUUUAGCUGCUUUGUUUCUGAUGGAUUGGAGAAAGAUUGGCACUAAUGAUGUGGUGCUUUCAGGUUAUCAUGAGCAUCCGAUUUGGGGUGCCUUGAAAUCUUAUGCUGGUUUGGUCUUGGAUAGUUUCUUGUUGCCUCAAAUUCUACUCAACAUGUUCUGCACAUCAAAGGAGAAGUCUCUGUCUGUUUCAUUCUACUUGGGAACGACUUUUAUUCGAGUGCUGCCGCAUGCAUAUGAUCUUUACAGGUCUCGCAGCUCUGCUCAUCACCAAUUGAAUGAGGCAUACAUUUAUGCAAGUCCUGUGGCAGAUUUUUACUCCACUGCUUGGGAUGUCAUCAUUCCUUUUGUAGGUCUACUGUUUGUGGGGAUCAUUUACUUGCAGCAGAAGUUUGGCGGUCUUUGCAUUGUUCCUCAAAAGUUGAGAGAGUUGGGCGAAUAUGAGAAGGUCCCUACUGUUACUGAAGGCAAAUUGCCAAAGUGA